CGACUUGCACGGUGCCAAAAGGGCUGCCCCCACGCUACCGUACAGCUCGACGAACACGUCCAACAAAAAGCCACCGCCGCGGAGAGCAGCCGAUCGAUCCAGCGCCGCCCAAACGACCAAUCAAUCGACCAAUCCUCAUGGAUCGCAACAAUGGCGGGCGCGCCUGGUACGAGCGAGAGAACGUGCGCACGCCGCGGCGACGGCAUAGCCAUGACUACGCGCGCGACGACAGUGACGUCGAGAGCAUAUUGAGCAUCUCCGCCAGCAGCUCAAGCCGCGGCUACACGCUGCCGCCGCGCGACUCGUCGGUCCACGAGAGCCCGCUCGCCGAGGUGCCCGAGCUGCACCUCCUGGAGCUGGAAGAGCAGGUGACCCACUAUGAAAACCUCACGCGACAGAUGGCGGCGGAGAAGGGCGCGACUCUCCCAGAUUUCCCGGAAGACGACCUCCCCCUCGACCGCGCCGCCCGCCUGCAGGCGCGCUUCGCGCGCGUCGCGAAUUUGCACGAGUCGCUCGAGGCGACCCUUGUCCCUGCACUGCCGCCACCGCCGCGCGACGCGAUCGUCGCCGCGCGGCGCGCGGCCGCACCGCUCCUCCUCGCGGCGGCGCUGAACCGCGCGACGCGGUCCGCUCCGAAGCGUCGCGGCUUCCACGCAUUGCUAGCCGCCGCUCUGGCCAAACGCUCACGGGCGCUGCCGGCGCCGCCGCCGGACACGACGGCUGUGGACGCGGCCGUCGAAGCGGCCCGCGCCGAGGACCGCGCGGCGCUCGCCGCCGUGGAGGAGAAGCUCGAGGCGUUACGGACGGUGCCAGUGCAGCGGCUGUUCGAGCGGCGCGCGCUCCGCACGCGGCGGUCGCUAUUUGCCGCCUGGCGCGAGGCCGCCGCCGAGGAGAAGCGAGCGGCCGACGGGCUCCGGCGCGGCAUCACGAUCAUGCGCCGCAACGUGAGUCGCUGGCGGCGCGCGGCGCUGCGCCGCGCGCUCGACGUGUGGGCGGAGCGAGCGAACGCGCGGUACGUCUACGUCAUGCUCACGGCCGUCCAGACCCUCGACGAGGGCGUCCACUGCUACCGGCGGCGCGUCGUCGCGGGCGCGUUCGGGGCCUGGGCGCGGGCGGCGGCUCGUGCUACGACGCCGGCCACCGUUGAUGAUUGCGGUCCGCCGACUCUCGAGACGACGGCCGCGCCAGCGGCGCCGAGGCGUGGCCUCGUCGCCACCCUGAUCAUUCCGUGCGCGCUGGCAUUCGUCGCGGGACUUCUGUUUCUGUAG